GGGAGGAGCCGGAGAUGCUGCCAGCCCUCCCGGGGCCGCGCUCGCUCAGCCGCCGCCGCCGCACGGAGCAGCCGCGCGCCGGGAGCCGCGGGCCGGGCCAGCCGGGCCGCCGGGGCCCACAGCGCCGCGCUAGCAGCGGGUAGCGCCUCCAGCGCCGUCCGCGCUCGCUUGGCGGCCGCGGGGCCGCAGGCCGGUCCAGGGAGGCGGCGAGGGCGGCGCCCAGGCGCCCACCGCCGGGCAGGCAGGAUGAGCAUCGAGAUCCCCGCGGGACUGACGGAGCUGCUGCAGGGCUUCACGGUGGAGGUGCUGAGGCACCAGCCCGCGGACCUGCUGGAGUUCGCGCUGCAGCACUUCACGCGCCUGCAGCAGGAGAACGAGCGCAAAGGCGCCGCGCGCUUCGGCCAUGAGGGCAGGACCUGGGGGGACGCGGGCGCCGCCGCCGGGGGCGGCACCCCCAGUAAGGGGGUCAACUUCGCGGAGGAGCCCAUGCACACCGACUCGGAGAACGAGGAGGAGGAGGAGGAGGAGGCGACCGCGGACGCCGGGGCGUUCAACGCUCCGGUAAUAAACCGAUUCACAAGGCGUGCCUCGGUAUGUGCAGAAGCUUAUAAUCCUGAUGAAGAAGAAGAUGAUGCAGAGUCCAGGAUUAUACAUCCCAAAACUGAUGAUCAAAGAAAUCGAUUGCAAGAGGCUUGCAAGGACAUCCUGCUCUUUAAGAACCUCGAUCCGGAGCAGAUGUCUCAAGUGUUAGAUGCCAUGUUUGAAAAACUGGUCAAAGAAGGGGAGCAUGUAAUUGAUCAAGGAGAUGAUGGUGACAACUUCUACGUGAUCGAUAGAGGAACAUUUGACAUCUACGUGAAAUGCGACGGUGUCGGAAGGUGUGUGGGCAACUACGACAACCGCGGGAGCUUCGGUGAACUGGCCUUAAUGUACAAUACGCCCAGAGCGGCCACAAUCACUGCUACCUCUCCUGGUGCUCUGUGGGGUUUGGACAGGGUAACCUUCAGGAGAAUAAUUGUAAAAAAUAAUGCCAAAAAGAGAAAAAUGUAUGAAAGCUUUAUCGAGUCACUGCCAUUCCUUAAAUCAUUGGAAGUUUCCGAACGCCUGAAAGUGGUAGAUGUGAUAGGCACCAAAGUAUACAACGACGGAGAACAGAUCAUUGCUCAGGGAGAUUUGGCGGAUUCUUUUUUCAUCGUGGAGUCGGGCGAAGUGAAAAUCACUAUGAAAAGGAAGGGUAAGUCAGAAGUGGAAGAGAACGGCGCCGUGGAAAUUGCUCGCUGUUCUCGGGGUCAGUACUUCGGAGAGCUGGCUCUGGUCACCAACAAACCUCGGGCCGCUUCCGCGCACGCCAUCGGGACCGUCAAAUGUUUAGCUAUGGAUGUGCAGGCGUUUGAAAGGCUUUUGGGACCUUGCAUGGAAAUUAUGAAAAGGAACAUUGCCACCUAUGAAGAACAAUUAGUUGCUCUGUUUGGAACUAACAUGGAUAUCGUUGAACCCACUGCAUGAAGCAAAAGUAUGGACAAGACCCGUAGUGACAAAAUUCCGCAGUAGUGGUUAGUCCACUGAGAAUGUGUUUGUGUAGAUGCCAAGCAUUUUCUGUGAUUUCAGGUUUUUUUCCUUUUUUUUACCUUUACAGUGUAUCUGUAAACAGAGUAGUGAUUUAAUACUCAAUAGGCUUUACCAUCAUUUCUAAAGAAUAGGUCAAAAGAAUACUGACAUACUGAUAAGAUGACUUUGUACUCCACAAAAUUAUGAUUUGAGUGAAAGGUUCAUUCAGAUGAUUGUAAUAUACCAAAAGUAUCUGUGUGUAAGAAGAUAAUUAAAGGACAUUGCCGUGGGUGAUAUGUGUUCGUUUGGACUUCCCGGGGUUGCUGUGUUAGUGACUGUGCCCAUGGAAAGGGACCUUGGCAGUGACUCAUGCUGGACAGCAUGACAUCACAUUCUUUUUACAACUCACUAUAUAUAGUAAGUACAGUUUUAAUCAUUUUUUCCUCAAGUUUUUCAGGCUUGAUAAGUUAUGUGCUGGCCUUGGACUACGGUGAAAUGGUAGAAAACAUCAUAUGCAAUUUUCAGACCUUUUAUAUUUUUGCAAUAAAGUACAUUUUGACGUCUUUGGCAUAAUGUCAGUAACUUCCAUACUCCAGUGGUUUUAAGGAUGAGAAUGUAGUCAUUAUGAUAAUAGGGAAGAGUCUUUGAGAUGAGAGAUCAUUAACACAAUUUCCUCAUAAAGCAUAUAUCUGCUCCUUUUUUCCAUUUUGUAGUUUUCUGUACUCUUUAAAAGUUUGAGUUCAACAUUUAAUGUCAAAUGGUUUUGUUUUUUUUUUUAAUGCUACUUAGACUUUUCUUCUAGAAGCUGGAGAUCUUACAUAUGCUGAAAAAAAAAAGAAAGAAAGAAAAAAGAAAAAAAAAAGAAAAGGAAAAAAGCGACCUCUCCUAUACCAAAAAUAUUUUGGGGUCCUCAUCAACACGCCCACAGGGAUAUAGCUCUGUUCUUCACUAGGUGUACAUAAUACGAUCCUAGGCAGACCUCUCCCAUGGGUUUCCUUUAAAGGUGGUAGGAAUAAAUUUUUAUAAGCAAAACCAGAUAUAAAGAUAAAAGGAAUUUCUGCCCCAUCCAUAUGUCCUUGCUAUUUGUGUGACUGUAGACUCGAAAGUGCAGGAUAGACUUCAUACGUUUUCGUUGAUAAUAUGCCUAUUAUUCUGCCACAUAAGAUGAAUUACAUUCAACCAAAGCAGUAUUAUUCUUAACAUGGUUUCUAUGUCCAUGUGACCCCAGUGUCUGGAGAGGUUAGUUCUAAUCAGUUGUUCACUUUUAAAUGAACAAUUGCAUUUUGGGAAACAGGUUUUAAAGAAAUAUAUAUACCUGCGUAAAAAUAGUCUGUGGCUCUUACAGUGUGAUGUUAUUAGAGAACGUUUAUGGUCUUACAUAUAUAAUGAAAAUACGGUUUAAAAUGUGUUCAUCAAAUAAUGUACAUAUAAAAAGUAUGUAAAGUAUAACUUAGCCACAUUUUAGAACACCGUUUAACAAUUUUGCAAACUUUCUUGUAGGAAGGGAGCUUACGACAUGAAGAUGACUUGUUUUCUAUUUCAGAUUUUAUUUUAAAAGCCAGGUCUGUUAAACAAGAAAAACCACAAAGAACCCCCAGAUUCCUAGUUCAUCAUUCUGUACUCUUUAUCCACUUUUUCAAGAUACCUUGUUGCAUCAGCUGAUUGUUAACUAUUCAUGGAAUAGCAAACAAAUGCCUGUUUAAUAAAGAACUCUGACCAAGGCUGUAAAUGCCAGUUACAUUAUUUUCAGUAUUGUUGGUUAUAUUUAAAUUUACCUUAUAAUAAAGCACACUUUUUUAAUAAAA